GCCUGCCAGUUGUACAACAAAAAAGGUGGUAUCUGCACACAGCAAGACAACUGCAAUAAGCUUCAUGUUUGUCGACACUUUCUCCGGUGGGAAUGUAAAUUUCUUCAUUGCAAGAGGUCUCAUAACCUCUUGGAUAGCCAUGAAUUGAAAGUGUUGGAAACUGGAGGCAUUGAUGGGAAGAUAGCUUCAAACAUCCAGAUGAUAUAUAAUUACAAGCAUGCACAAUUCAACAUGGAACUGAAUAAGGGGAACGUAUACAACUAUAAACCAAGAAACUAUUAUACAAAACCAGUGGUUACGGUUCCAAGGAAUAAAGAACUGAAGGCGUCUUUGCAAGUAAUGGACUCAAUGCUGCAUGUGCCACCUUCGGAGGGUUCUGGUAGCACCCAGUCUGGUCAGGGCCAACACCAGUUGCCAUCAGGAGCAGAAGAUAAAGAAGACUGGGAUAUUGCCCAGCUAGCUGAGAUUCUAGCCCAGCAGUGCUGCUCAUUCAAUUUUCUCAUGCAGGUUCUGCUAGCACUCCAUCUGAUCAGAGCCAACACCAGUUGCCAACAGGAGCAGGAGGUAACGAUGAAGGGCAACACAGAAAAUAACUGUGAUGAGAUCUGCGUGUUCUAUGUUUGGAAGUACUGCAAACAUAAGGAUAAAUGCACCUCUGUUCAUUACCAUUUGCCAUAUAAAUGGCAAAUAUAUGAUGGGAUCACCUGGAAUGACCUUUCCAUGAUGGAGGAAAUUGAAGAGGCCUACUGUGACCCAAAAAACAGCAGCCUAGCAGAUAAGAACAUUGAUUUCCAGACAAUGACCUGCUCUUCUUCUCCCAUCCGACGCCUCUGCACUCCAUCAUCAGUCACAAAACCCACACUCUCAUUGACCACGCAGUGGAUUUGGUAUUGGAAGAAUGACCAAGGCCAGUGGACUGAAUAUGGAGAGCAGGGAGAAGGGGACAGUGUGAACUCGCCGUCUUCUGCUGUCAUUGAGAAUUUGUAUCAAGCAGAUCCAGAUGCCACCAUACCUUUCCAGGCUGGCUGUUAUCAUUACAACAUCAAUUUUAAAGAAAUGACCCAGACAAACAUUGCUUUUAAAACUCGAAGACAGGUCUGCAGGCGACCAAAAUUUGUGUCUUCUGAAGAUGUGCAGAAGAUUAAGAAAGGCCAGAAGCAUUCUUCUAUUGCAAAUCAAGCCUGCCCCAGCCACUGGGAUCCAUCUGCACUGCCUGAUGUGGGAUACAAGGCAGUGGUGAUCAAUAGUGGAACCCCUGAAUACAACCAAAUAAAGCAGCUGUUUCAUCAAACUAUGAGAGACUACAGCAUCCUUAAAAUACAGAGGAUUCAGAAUCCAUCCCUCUGGAAGGUGUUUCAGUGGCAAAAAGAAAAGAUGGAAAAGGAAAAUGGAGGGAAGGAAGUGCAGGAAAAGCUCCUGUUCCAUGGAACCAGAAUCUCCUUCAUGGAAGCCAUCUGCGUCGAGAACUUUGACUGGAGGAUUUGUGGAAAGAAUGGAUAUAAGUAUGGAAUAGGAAGUUACUUUGCUAGAGAUGCUUCCUAUUCCCAUGCGUACUGUCAGGCUGUGGGGAAAGAAAGCAUGAUGUUCCUGGCUCGUGUUUUGGUUGGACAGUAUGUUAAAGGCAAUGCAGCCUAUGUUCGUCCUCCGGCAAAGUCUGUGGAUGGGCUCUGGUUUUAUGACAGCUGUGUGGAUGAUGAGUUAAAUCCUUCUGUUUUUGUUGUCUUUGAAAAGUACCAGAUUUACCCAGAGUAUAUAAUAGAGUAUAAAAUGGAUGAAAAAAAAUGUGUUAUCUCUUAA